AAGCAAAUAACGUUCAAUUAAAGUCUGGAAUGUGCACUUUAAAUUAGAUUGUUCAUCUCUGUGCAAGCAUAUAUGCAAAACACUAUUGGUAAAAAGGCAAUUAAUCCAGUUUAUUCUUUGUGUAUUCUAGGCUGCAGAUGGCCAACCCAUUUCCAUUGCUGCUAUUGUCACUCUGCUUAGAAGAAAUAAUAUCAGGAACAAUGGAUAAGAGCAACACAGUGAAGCUGUUUGUGGGGAAUUUGGCCCUGGACACAACCCAGGAAGAGCUGUCCUCCAUCUUUGAGCCUUAUGGGUCUGUGGUGAGCUGCAGUGUGCUCAGGCAGUUUGCCUUUGUGCACCUGCAGGGCGAGGGCGCUGCUGCCAGGGCCAUCAAGGAGUUGAAUGGCCGUGAAUUUCGUGGGCGUAACCUGGUUGUGGAGGAGUCACGUGGGAGACCAUUACACUCGACCAAGGUGUUUGUGGGUAACCUGAGCGGUAUGUGCACCACAGAGGACCUGCAGGAGCUUUUCCAGACGUUUGGGAAAGUGCUGGAGUGUGACAAGGUCAAAGGCUAUGCCUUUGUGCACAUGGAGAACAAAGAGGAUGCGCUGCAGGCCAUCGAGGCGCUUCACGGGACCUCCUUCAAGGGCCGCCCACUUUCCGUGGAGCUCUCCAAGGUGCAGCCCAGCAAGCAGGCGCCCACGGGCAAAAUCCCUUGUGUGAGCUGCGGCAAGCAGGGUCACUAUGCGGGGGAGUGCCCUAUGGGCAAACCCACUCUGGAGCAGUACCAGAGCCAGGCUGCUGUGCUGGCAGCUGCUGCCGCUGCUGCUGCCGGGCUCCCACUGCAGGUGCAGCAAAGUGUCCACAACUCAGUGUACAACACGUCCACCUUCGACCCCACGUACGCGGCCCUCACGGGCCUGACGACCCGCAACCGAUCUGACGGUACUCCGGUGAGCCCGGCUGUGUACGGGGCCCUGGCCAGCCAGGUGUACGGCGCCGUUGCCAACCAGCUCUAUGGCUCCAUGGGCAAUCAGGCACUGACCUCUGGCGCCACCCAGGUGUACAGUGGCAUGAGCACUUCAGAGUAUGGCCAGGUGACAAACGACUCGGCCGCCGCCGCCGCCGUUGCCGCCGCCGCUGCCUACAACACCCAGAUGUACCCGCCGGCCAUGGGCAGCCCCAUGUAUCUGAGUGCCGGGGAGGUUCCCUCAGCCACAGCGGCCGUGAACCCUGCGUACAGCGUGGCGCCUGCCCUCUACAGCGCCAGUCCAGCCUAUGGGAGCACUGACCCGACGGCACAGGCCAUCUUCAAGGCGGCACGGGCACAUUACUUUGCCCAAGGCCAGCAGGUCCUUGCUGAGCAGCAGGCUGGAGCAAAGUCAGGCGAGCGAGACCGCAGCCCUUUGCGCCGCUCGGCGCCUUUGCUCCCCGACCCGGUGCCCAAACCUUUCAUGCAACAGAGGCCCAAACGUAGAGCCCUCCUGCCCACACCCUCGAGCCGGCCAGAGGAUGGCGCAGCAGCAGAGGAAGAUCCCGUGGCGAGGUAUUAUGCAGACUAUUACCAGCAGUACCAACAGUACCCCCAGUACCAGUUUGCCUACCCACCCCCAGACCCCCUGCCCCCUGUGCCUGGCCAGGAUGCCCCUCAGCCUCCUGCCCCGGGUGCUGCUACGUCGCCCAGACUGUAUGAGCCGCCGCCUCCGCCGUCGUCGCGCAAGGAGCCCCUCUUCCGCCGCCCUGAGCUCCCCCCUCACACUCCAGAGCCCCCGUUCCGAUAGUGGCCCUGCUCUCCCUCCCUCCCGUGGAGGUCGUGUGUGUGAGCGUGCUUGUCUGUGUGUACCAGGGUCUUUAAGGACUGUAUCCCAACUUUGGUCCUUUGUCAACUCAUUUAUAGGCAGGUCAUUUGGAGGAAAGAUUUGGUUUUAUCCUUUAAAAGUGGCUUCAACACAUACAAUAAUUUGUAUUACUCCUUUUGUUAAAAAAAGGUCUUUUUUUCUUUUCUUUUUUUUUUGUUCGCUGGUUAUUUUCUUGGUAUUUGUCAUAUCAUACAGCACUGACUACGUUCCUGCUUUGGUUUAAUCACAAUUUUAGAUAUAUUUUUCGGGAACUUUAAUUGUAGAGCAGCCUGACAUUUGGACUGUUACUUACAUAUUCUACUGUUGUUGUCUUAGCAGUGCAUUUAAUACAUUUUGGACAUACAUGGCCUGUCUCCUUUUUGUCCCCCUCUCCUUAGCGUUUUAAUUUGGUGUAAAAACAACCCCAAACAAUUUGGUAUGGUGAAGUGUUGAACACAUGAUGAUGUCAUAUAGGAUCAGGGUUAGUAUCUAGUACUUUUCUUUAGUUCUGCCAGCCACUAUAGUGGCAGUGGUGUGGACAGCCCUGACAUUUCUGCUUCUUGAUGGGCUGUGGAGAAAUAAGCAGGCACACAGGCAGGGGAUCACUGGCACAAGAGCCAUAAGACUCCCCCCCCUCCUCCCACUAUUGGGACUCUACCACACACACCCUGCAUCUACCUCUCACUGAGAUGCAGCUGAAGCACGUGGCCUGUAGGCUGGCCGGUCAGUGAGCCUUUGGGAUUGACUUGCCAUAUGACAGCAGCUAGCUUGCCAACCCAUUUGCCUUCACCCUGAAAGGGGAUGGUGUGUGGUAGUGAAGAUUUUUGUAACUGCUUUUACUUCAUUCACCCUCUGGAUGUGUCCAUAGGGCCCUCACUUGUUUGAACUUUAGUCAUGUGUCUAAUCUUGUAAAUAAAAUGGGAAAAGGGACUCAAUCCAUUUUCAUGUAGGUGUUUUGCCUUUCUGUAGCCAAGUCUGUGCUGUAUGUUGUCACAGGUGUUUGUGCCAUUGCUGCCAGCAGUUGCAUUUUUGCUGCAGGCCUCACCCAUGUGCCCCAUCUACUCUUAGCACAUAAUGUGCUCUCAUUCCUACCUUUAUGUGAUACCUCCAGGUGGGAUACUGAGCUCAGAGCCGGCUGCUGCAGUCUCUGGGUGCAUGUUUGGUGUAAGGCCUAAGAGUUAUACAAGCCAUGAAAGAACAGCAGUGUCCGGGGCUCUGGACAGUAACAAGCUGCAUAGUUCUGGUACAUGGGUCUCGCAGCUUUUCUCAGCUUAUGUGUUAUGAGUGUGUACAAAGUCACAACAUUGACCAAAAGUAACAAUUUCACUUUAAUCUUGCACAGUUUCUCUACAGCAUAAAAUCAAAUCUUUCCAACCAUUUCAAGAAACAUUUGAACUGUCUCAGCAAUGAGAACAAUGUCUCUUUUAUUUGAAUGAAAAGGGUAGGGUGAAAUGGCACAUUUAGCCUUGCAAACGUGAAGUUGUAAUAAAAACAAACCCUUAUCACUAAACCUUGAGCACGUAGUGAAAUAAAAUGAAUUAUCCAUGAUAUUGGAAAAUGUGUUCAGUUUGUGUACAGUUUUUUGUAACUGGGUUCAUGUUUUAAAUUAGCAGUCAAAAUGCAAUGAAUUGUUUUUAAGUUUUAUAUGUCCCUUUAUCAAAUCAUGAGAAAGGGUUAGAAAUUUGAGAUUGUUGAAACACAAUUUGUUCACCUUUUGUUUUUAAGUUUCUGAAGUUGUACUAAAUUGACCUGAACUUCAGACAUUACUCCUUUGUGUUUUAUAAGGGCAUUUUGUCCAGUGUAAGAUUCAAAGGAGCUUCUUGUGGUUUGUUUAUAUAUUUUUGUAUUUUUUUUUUUCUUUAAUCUUGCCCAUCCUGACACAUCUGGUCAAGAUCUUCCCGUUUUCUUUCUUGUCCAGCUCUCUCCUCUCCCUAGGAGUGUGAGUGACGGUUUUCCUUCCUUUGAGCACCAGCGAUCGAUGUGAUGGUGAGAACAGGGAGCGCUCACGCACACACGCGUGCACACACACUGAGCCCUGCUCAUCUGCAUUCAUAACCUUGCUGUCCCAAACCCUUACAUUUGGGGUGCUGUUAGGAUGAAAAGAUGUAGAUGUCCUCUUUGUUGUUAGCAUGUGUUUUUCCUUUUAAUUUUUUGAAAAUCUACAUUUCAUGAUAAAUAUGUAUUUGCAUUAAAAAUAAAGAAUCUUAACAGUAUUAUUAAUAGGGCUUGCAGGGUUUUCAUUACUUUUAUAUUCUUAUCAGGGUUUUUGUUCAAAAACCACAAUCCACAAAUUAGCUGGGAUGGGGACUUUGCAUAGCUCAGUGCUGAACUUCAUAGGUUCCGAUGAGACAGUGUGUUCAGUACAGCUGCCACAGCAUUCAGUGCUGUCUGCAAUGCUUAUUGGUUUCCUGUUCCUGGUGAUAUGUCAAGGAAAUGCCCAGGGUAACAAGUCUGUGACAUUUUACUAUGCCGAGGGAAUAUAGUGUUGAGGCGGGUGGCCUUGAUGUGAAUGUAGGAGCAAUCAGUGGGUUGGCGUUUUCAAAUCGGGACAAACAAAAGAAGGUUCUCCUCUUAUUUGGUACUUGGCAAAGAAGGGAUGUUGGUUGUUUUGCUGGCACUGCGGUUCUGCUUAUUUGUUGCUGUGAUUAUGGCCACUAUUCUGUAGAAGUGCAUGUUUCUCUUCUCAUUCUGCUUUUCAAGACCAUUUUUCCCCCUUUGACUAACUAUUCCAACUGAAUUAGGUCCCAGGCCACCGGACGCCAUGUGCGUGUGAUGUGGGGGGAAGAAAAUUAGCAUCGCGAAAUGCUGUGGAAGCGCCCCCCCCCCCUUCCCCUCAAGGUAAAAGCACUGAGACCCCGAAUGACGUCUGCGCCUCAACAGUACACUUCCCCCCCGUCUACCCCAUUCCAACGUCUUGGGUACAUGAAGGGCGCUAUGGACUGCAGAGGGUCAUGGGUUAUGCACUAACCAAAGACUGGAGUCAGUGGUGACGACGUGUUAGGGAGCGCACGCACAUACAUACUGUGAAGUCGGCUUGGAGUUCUGUUCCAUGUUUUGUGGUAGGUGCGUGAGCGAUUGAGUGUGUGGGACAGUACCCACAUAUGCCAUUUUAGGCCUGCUGGAUCUGAGUGCCCCCCCCCCCCCUGAGCGCCUGCCCGCCGUACACGACGUUCGCCGCUGCCGUCGCCCCCCUCCCCCUUCUGGUUCUGCUCAGCCUUUUGCAACAGCAACUCAACUGCCCAGGAGCCUGGUUCUGGUACCCCAGGGAUUACCCUACUAUGGGACUGUAUAACAACUGGUAGUCUCAGGAGACCCAGUUUCUCAGAAGAGUGGGUUGGUUUUUUUCUUUUUUUUCCCCCUCUCCCCAUCUUUGACUCCUUGUGUGAAAGGGACUUAAAUUGCCUGAUCUGGCCCUGAUUGGAUUGAUUUAUUCAGAUUCUACCUAGGAAAAAAAAAACUUUUCCAUGGGGCAUCAUUUCAAUCAUGUUUUUAAUAAGUGGCGGACUUGUAUCCUGUGGAACAAUGAAAAGUAGACCUAUGUGAAUGCAUAGAGACUAUGUAUCUGCAAAUUUCAUUCAAGUCCCUCCAAAGCCCCCAGCCUUGCAAAAUAUCAUAUAGGAUAGGCUUUUUGAUUAUAUGAUCAGCAGCAUAUGUUAGCACUCCUAUGGGAAGUUUUUGGAAGGGCAUAGUUGAACGUAGGUGGAAAGGGAAGUUGCUGGACAUGUUGCAUCGGCUUGUUUUUAUGAUGUGUGUGUGUGUGUGUGAGGAUUUUCCAUUGGUACACGGGCGCACACAUGCACACACAACUGAGGUGUUCCACCUGUGCUCUGAACAGCUGCAAGGCGCAGUGCUGUAGAGAGGCUGAGGUGAGACGGGGGUUCCCCUUUGUGUCGGCAUCUCUGCAUCACCCCACCGAUGAAGGGAUGGAUGGAUGGAUGGAUGGAAGGUAAGCAAUGCAUGGGUCACCAGCUCCAGUCCAUCCCCAUUCCCUAACCCCCUCCACCAUAGAGCCCCCAUCCCCUAUCCUGUUCCUGGAGGGCAACAGGUCAGAGGGCACUAUAUAGGCCAGUGGUCUCAAACUGCAGUCCUGGAGGGCCGGAGUCCUGCACAUUUUUGGGUUUCCCCUCAUUUAACACACCUGAUUCAACUCCUUGUGCUAAUUGCCACACAGCUCUUGAGCUGAAUCACUUGUGAUGGAACAGGGAAAGAACUAAGCUACACAGGGCUCCGGCCCCCCAGGACUGGAGUUUGAGAUCCCGAUAUAAGCAGUUACACUAGAAGGCUCCCAGUGCUCUACACUGGAGAUUGUCAUCGUUGAGCUUGCAGGCCACUGUGCCAACUAAAGGCACUAAAUAAUAGCUUUUCUUUUUAACCAGAACUAAUCAUUUAUGCCCAUUUGUGUCAGGUAUAAAUUGAGACCAGCACAGAUCUAAUCACAUUUCUUUGGGUAGGUUCGCUCCGAGUGUGCAACAAAUGUCCUUUGUCUUUAGUCAUUUUUAUUGUGCAAGAUCUUCCACCCUCAUGCAAGUAACCCCCAAUCAAAUCUAUCCACAUGUAAGCCAUAGUCUGUGAAAUGCAGUGAUUGGUUAGCUGAUUCUCAGUUCCAGAGCCCUGUAUUUUUCUUUUAGUUUUGGUGGCCAGUACAUAGAAGUAUUGUAACCACGUUGAAAUAUUCAGAUUGCAGGGAUAUACACAACAGACCAGCUUUUUUGUGGUAUUAAAGUUCUAUUGAGCGCCAUAGAUUUUGGGCACAGUGUGUGUUUUGAGCAAUUUGGGCAGAAGUGUAAAAUAUACAUGAGUUCUCAGCCAGUUUAAGUGGUGUGGUAAAUUUAGAAAAUGGAGGGCAAGAGUUUUUCUAAGGAUGGUAAAAUUAACAUGUAGCUUAAUGAUUUGUCAGAUGUGUAAGUUGAUUUUGUUUAAAUAGGGUUGUUGGUUUUAAAAUACUUGUUAGAUUUAUUAUUGCAAUAGAACUAAUUUUGCAGCCAAUAGAUUAGAUGUUUACUUUUAAAAAUCACAGAAUCAACAAAACAAUGGGGACAAGUUUCAACUGCUUUACCUCAGGAAAAGGAACUUCAAAUUUUUUGUAUUGAUGUUGUGACCAUUGUAUUGUCUGGUAUUUGGGAAUAAAUGAUCUGUCGAGAAA